AUGGAAGAGAAAUUAAUUGGUGUAGUUAGUGGUUCUUGUGUUUAUAAAUUUGGUUUCGAUCCGGUCGGUAAGGAUUAUAAAGUGAUAGACAAGUGGAAAAUUUUGGAUGAAUUUGAAAUUUGGGGGGUCUUGACUGUUGGAGAAAAUACAUGGAGAAAGAUUGAUGAGGCACCGCCUUGUUCUAUUGGACCAAGUGCACCUUCUGUUUAUGUGAAUGGUUUUAUCUAUUGGGUCCCAAAUAGGUAUACUGGUGGUGAUGGAUUUAUAGUGGCAUUUGAAGUUGGAUGUGAAAAGUUCAGAGCGCUCCAAGUCCCUACUUUCAUCAUUCGUCAGCGCUCGGAUUAUGAUGGUGACAAAGUUAAUGUUUGUCUGUUAGAAGUGAAUGGGAGUGUCGCUAUAUUACGUAGAAUGACUGUUUCUGAUAUCAAGUUGUGGAUAUAUGGACACAUCGACAAAGAGAGUAGUAAAGCUACCGCUAUAAAUUCUGGUGAUAAGAAUUGGACUGAAAAAAAUCACAUUGCCUGCAGUUUGUUGGGAUCGAAAUCGAUUUCUUUGUUGUGA